ACGUGUCGUGCGGACUUGGUGUUGUGAAUAUCAAUUGUCAAUUUGGUGCACUUGCAAGCGGCAAGUUAUUAUCCAGCUAAUUUCCGGGUUCCACAAAACUACUUAAAGAGAAGACAACCAUAUUGUCGAUUAAAUAGCAAACAUGGGCAAGGAGAAGAUUCAUAUUAACAUUGUCGUGAUUGGCCAUGUCGAUUCCGGCAAAUCAACGACCACCGGUCACUUGAUUUACAAAUGCGGCGGCAUCGACAAGCGUACCAUCGAGAAGUUCGAGAAGGAGGCCCAGGAGAUGGGCAAGGGUUCGUUCAAGUACGCCUGGGUGCUGGACAAACUGAAGGCCGAACGUGAGCGUGGCAUCACCAUCGAUAUUGCGCUGUGGAAAUUCGAGACGGCCAAGUACUAUGUGACCAUUAUUGAUGCCCCCGGCCAUCGUGAUUUCAUCAAGAACAUGAUUACCGGCACCUCGCAAGCCGAUUGUGCGGUGCUGAUUGUGGCCGCCGGUACCGGUGAAUUUGAGGCCGGCAUCUCGAAGAAUGGCCAGACCCGUGAGCAUGCGCUCUUGGCCUUUACGCUGGGCGUCAAGCAACUGAUUGUGGGCGUCAACAAGAUGGAUUCCACGGAGCCGCCAUACAGCGAGGCGCGUUAUGAGGAGAUCAAGAAAGAGGUCUCCUCGUACAUCAAGAAGAUCGGCUAUAAUCCAGCCUCGGUGGCAUUUGUGCCCAUUUCGGGUUGGCAUGGCGAUAACAUGCUCGAGGCAUCGGAGAAGAUGCCCUGGUUCAAGGGCUGGACCGUCGAACGCAAGGAGGGCAAAACUGAGGGCAAGUGCUUGAUUGACGCGCUGGACGCGAUUAUGCCUCCCCAGCGGCCCACCGACAAACCGUUGCGUCUGCCGCUGCAGGAUGUCUACAAAAUUGGUGGCAUCGGCACCGUACCCGUCGGUCGUGUGGAGACCGGCAUUCUCAAGCCAGGCAUGGUCGUGAACUUUGCGCCCGUUAACUUGGUCACUGAAGUCAAGUCCGUGGAGAUGCAUCACGAGGCGUUGACCGAGGCUUUGCCCGGCGACAACGUUGGCUUCAACGUGAAGAACGUGUCGGUUAAGGAGCUGCGUCGCGGCUAUGUGGCUGGUGAUUCCAAGAACAAUCCACCACGAGGCGCUGCUGAUUUUACUGCUCAGGUUAUUGUUUUGAACCAUCCUGGGCAGAUUGCCAAUGGUUACACUCCGGUUCUCGAUUGCCACACCGCUCAUAUUGCGUGCAAGUUUGCCGAGAUCAAGGAGAAGUGCGAUCGCCGUACUGGCAAGACCACGGAGACCGAACCGAAGGCCAUCAAGUCGGGCGAUGCGGCCAUCAUAAUGCUGGUGCCAACCAAGCCGCUGUGCGUUGAAAGCUUCCAAGAAUUUCCGCCACUCGGACGAUUUGCGGUGCGUGACAUGCGUCAAACGGUUGCCGUCGGUGUCAUCAAGUCGGUGAACUUUAAAGAAACGACCUCGGGCAAAGUAACAAAAGCCGCUGAGAAGGCACAGAAGAAGAAAUAACUAGAGUGUCAGCAGAACUGUAACAACAACUCAAACAACAACAACACUCAAACACUCGAAGAACAACAACAACAACAAGAAACGGCAACAGCAACCGCAAGAGCAACACACCAACAACAUCAGCAACAGGCAGAAUAUUUUAAAUUUAUAUUAUCCAUUACUCAUCGAGAAGGAUCAAAACCGUAUAAGGGGCUAAACUCAGAGUCCGUGGCAAUGGCAA